GUAAUCCUGCUCGGGAGGCUGAGGCCAGUUUGAGAUUGAUCACAGGUGUCAAGCCAUCUGGGACAAUUUAGCAAAAUCCUCUCAAAAAAAGAAAAAAAAAUAGUACACCGCAUCCUUCAGGGCUCUUACCCUUGUUUUGCUUUUGUUGCCACCAGAGUUUUAGGGCAAAAGCUUGUGCUCCAGGGGUCCCAGCAGUGAGGCUCAGCCACCUAUCCCACGACUUGGGUGCUGAAGGGUAGGGAAUAAGCUUUAAUCACCUGGGCCAAGCUAGGAAUCACAGAUAAAGAGCUUCAAGCCCUGGGGCUUUGUAGAAAAGGGGAGAGAAGGCAAGGGCUGGGGUUUGCAUAGCUGGGAGUGUACAGCCAGCACUGUAGGUGAUCCUGGUCGGAUUUCGUGAUUGGUACCUUGGGCCUGGUUUGGCUUUCAUCACUUGUGGGGCAUUUAGGUUCCCACCAUGAGUGGCAGCUCCUGAUUUGGGGGCAGCCUCAUUUCCUGUCAUGUUAAUGGCACCUGCUGGGCGUGGGGGAAACUUGAUGGGGUGGAAUCUUUGAGGCUGUGCUUUUCCAACCUUUUCUGGAAUCCGAGGUGACUGCUGGUUUAGGACAAUGACCAGAGAUUUCUAGGCGUCACCUCAGCAGGUCUGGAACUAGAUGUUGACAGAUCUUAUUGUUGGAUGUUCCUGGAAAUCCUGAAAAUUAGUUACUCUUAUCUUGGUGUCCUCAGUCUUGCAGGAGGGCAGUUUAGACUAGCUAGAUUUAGGGCCAAACUUGUACCACAGACUCUUCUUAAGUUAUUAACAGGCUUGUGUUCAGAGCAGGGAUCUGACCCAAAGUAUUCAAGUACUAAAUGAAGGAAUCUGAAAGAGAGAUGCCAAGCUUCACCCUGCUCUUAGUUACCCACUGGGCAUCUUUUAAAGGCCCAGCUUUUAGGUCCCUGUCCCUGUUACACUGACACCUUGAGCCUGUUGCUGCUUUCCCAGAGACCCUAAACCAGUGAACUGCUAACUUAUUCCUACCAACUGCCAUAUCCCUCAGGAAAAUAAAACUGGAUUGAUGUUUCUCAAGGUGUGAUCCCAGGAAGGCUUAUUAAAACCUAGAUUUUUAGUCUAACCCUAACCCACCGCAAACUCACUGCCCAGAAAUACUGCGGAAACACCCAGGAGUGCUCUGUUUAGCACGUUUCCAGCCGUUUUUCAUCCUGCUGAAGUCAGAACCACAAUCCUGGGGCGGAACGACCUAAUGGAGCUGGAGGACCCGAUGGCUAGAGGGCGCCACUCUUUCCCGGCCCGCGCCUCUCGCCGCCGGAAGGGCGCUCUGUCCGCCGCUGCGCGCGCUCGGUCGCUCCCUUCCGCGUCCGGUGUCCCCUUGCAACCAUGGCCGCCGCAUCCGCUGCCGUCGGUGCCGGGGAGCCCAUGUCCCCGGACGAGUUAGUCCUGAAAGGCGACGCGGAGAAGACUGAGGAAGAGCUGGAAGAAGACGACGACGACGAGCUAGACGAGACCCUGUCAGAGAGACUCUGGGGUUUGACCGAGAUGUUCCCCGAGAGGGUCCGGUCAGCGGCCGGAGCCACUUUCGAUCUCUCCCUCUUUGUGGCUCAGAAAAUGUACAGGUUUUCCAGGGCAGCCUUGUGGAUCGGGACCACUUCCUUUAUGAUCCUGGUUCUUCCUGUUGUCUUUGAGACUGAGAAGUUGCAAAUGGAGCAACAGCAGCAGCUGCAGCAGCGGCAGAUACUUCUAGGGCCUAACACAGGGCUUUCAGGAGGAAUGCCAGGGGCUUUACCUUCGCUUCCUGGAAAGAUCUAGAUUGCUAGCUGAUAACGUUUGAGCUGUCUUGGUGGGAGAAGUUCAAACUCAGUUGUGUUUGAACUGCUGAUUAUUUGUAUUUUUUUUUAACUUUGGCACAUUGAUGUAAACCUGGAAGGGAGAACUCUCCCUUUGUUGUUUUAUGGAGACUCCCAACCUGCAGCUGUGCCCUCCACGCUGUCCUCACUGCCCUCUCCUCGCUGAUAUCAGAGUGCAGCUACGCAGACGGUUACUUCAGCUCUGGCCACCGAACUCCUUUUAGUAAACUGCUCCUACCUAUCUUGAUGGGGUAGAAACUGAUGGGACGGACACCCAACCAUCAGUGACUGGUAUUGUUUUGUUUUGUUUCCCAAAAAAUGGUGAUGUUGGGGAGGGA